GGCGCGAGAGCGUGAAGUUGGGAUCUGGUUUGGGAAGGAGCUGCGAGCCGCGCUUUUACCGCUCCCCCCUUCAUUAUGGAGCUGACCGAGCGUCUGCAUAACGAUGAUUACCAUGGAGAAACAACAAAUACUGCAAACCUUGCAUCUUCACGUUUGCAUCGUGAGAAAAAAUCUAAAAAAGGAAGGCAAGAAGCUCUGGAACGGCUGAAGAAGGCAAAGGCUGGUGAGAAAAUAAAAUAUGAGGUUGAGGAAUUUACAGGUAUUUAUGAUGAAAUUGAUGAAGAACAAUAUUCUAAGAUUGUCAGAGAACGCCAGGAUGAUGACUGGAUUGUGGAUGAUGAUGGGGUUGGUUAUGUAGAAGAUGGCAGGGAAAUUUUUGAUGAAGACUUAGAAGACGAUGCUCUUAAUUCUGACAAGAAACGAAGAAAAGAUGUAGCUUCCACAUAUGACAAAAACAAAUUGAAGAAGACUCUGGUAUCAAAGCCAAACAAUAUUAAAUCCAUGUUCAUGGCUAACACUGGCAAGAAAAAUGCUGAUAAAGCAAUUGAUCUCUCUAAAGAUGAUUUGCUUGGUGACAUUUUGCAAGAUCUGAAUGCGAAGCCUGUUCAUAUAGCAUCACCAGUUCCAGUGCUUAAAAAAAGGAUAAUUCUUGGAACACCAUUAAAUCCUUUUUCUGUGCAAUCUAAAGAUUCCAAGGUAACUGCUAUAGUGAAAAAAUCUAUCCCUCAUGGAAAAAAAGAAAUCCCUUCAUUACAGUCCAAACAUCCAGUCUAUUUAGCUAGAUCAGAGGCAAUCACAGAAGAGAGUAUUAAUAAUGAAAAUGGAGUGCAACUGAUGGAAAAAGAAGAACUAAUAAAAAUAAAAGAAGAAUCUAUUAAAGAAGAUGAGCAAGAUAGAAUUAUUUUUGAUGAUGGGGAUUUUGAUGAAACUAUGCCAGGAAUGGAAAUUGUGUCAGAAGAGGUCACAUUCUUCAAGGAAGAGAUGAAAUUGGAAGAGAAGCAAAUGCUAUGUUCUUCCCUACAUGAUAAAUCCUGCUGGGAUAGAAUUGAUGAACAUGAAGAUGAGUUUGUAUCUUCAGAAAUUCAAGUGGAUUCUAGUCAGUUCCAAUUUAUAAAGGGAGAAGAGGGGCAACAGAUUUUCAAGUUCUACUGGCUGGAUGCUUAUGAAGAUCAAUAUAACCAACCAGGAGUGGUAUUUCUCUUUGGGAAAGUAUGGAUUGAAUCAGCGCAGUCCUAUGUGAGCUGUUGCGUAACAGUAAAAAAUAUUGAGAGAACUAUUUAUCUUCUGCCACGUGAAUCGCGAAUUGAGUUAAUUUCUGAAAAAGAAACAAUGAUUCCUGUGACUAUGAUGGACAUCUAUCAAGAAUUUAAUGACCAGAUUGCGGAGAAAUAUAAGAUUAUGAAAUUCAAAUCCAAGAAAGUGGAAAAGUAUUAUGCGUUUGAGAUACCAGAUGUUCCUGCAAAAUCUGGCUAUUUAGAAGUUAGAUAUUCGGCUGAAUAUUGUCGACUACCACAAGAUCUGAAAGGAGAGACAUUUUCUCAUGUAUUUGGAACAAACACCUCAAGUCUAGAGCUCCUGUUAAUUAGCAGGAAGAUUAAAGGACCAAGUUGGCUGGAAAUAAAAAAUCCACAAUUGUUGAGUCAGCCUGUCAGUUGGUGUAAAGUGGAAUUAAUGGCACUAAAACCUGAUUUAAUUAAUGUGCUGAAGGAUCUUCCUCCACCACCUCUUGUGAUCAUGUCCCUUGCUAUGAAAACAAUUCAGAACACGAAGACCCAUCACAAUGAGAUUAUGGCUGCUACAGCUUUAGUGCAUCACAAAUUUUGUCUGGACAAAGCACCACCUGAGCCUCCCUUUCAGACCCACUUUUGUGUUGUUUCUAAACCAAAUGAUUGCAUUUUCCCAUAUGAUUUCAAGGAAAUUGUUAAACAAAAGAAUGGUAAAAUAGAAAUUGCCACAACAGAAAGAACACUAUUGGGUUUUCUUCUGGCAAAGAUUCAUAAAAUUGAUCCAGAUGUUAUUGUGGGUCAUAAUAUUUAUGGUUUUGACCUAGAGCUUCUCCUCCAGAGAAUUAAUUUCUGCAAAGUUCCUCAUUGGUCCAAGAUAGGUCGACUAAGGAGAUCAAACAUGCCAAAACUUGGGGGUCGUAGUGGAUUUGCUGAGAAGAAUGCAACUUGCGGUCGAAUGGUUGGUGAUAUAGAAAUUUCAGCAAAAGAGUUGAUUCAUUGUAAAAGUUACCAUUUGUCUGAACUUGUCAGUCAGAUUUUAAAAACAGAAAGAGUAGCAAUUCCAGCUGAAGAGGUCCGAAAUAUGUACAGUGAUUCUCAUCAGUUACUCUACAUGUUAGAAAACACAUGGAUUGAUUCUAAGUACAUUUUACAAAUUAUGUAUGAACUGAAUGUUCUUCCACUAGCAUUACAAAUUACAAAUAUUGCUGGCAAUGUUAUGUCCAGGACACUGAUGGGUGGACGAGCUGAGCGCAAUGAAUACUUGCUUCUUCAUGCGUUUUAUGAAAAAGAUUAUAUUGUGCCUGAUAAACAACUCUUCAAAAAGCAGAAGCAUUUGGAAGAAGAUGAAGAUUUGGAAAAUGAUCAGAAUAAAUCAAAGUUAGGACGAAAGAAGGCAGCAUAUUCUGGAGGUUUAGUUUUGGAACCAAAAGUUGGUUUUUAUGACAAGUUCAUUUUGCUUCUUGACUUCAAUAGUUUAUACCCUUCAAUUAUCCAAGAGUUUAACAUCUGUUUUACAACAGUUCACAGAAUGUCUUUCAGUGUGCACAAAAAAACAGAGGAUGGUGACCAAUAUGAUAUCAGGCAGAAGGCGCUGAAACUUACAGCUAAUAGUAUGUAUGGAUGCCUGGGAUUUUCCUACAGUAGAUUUUAUGCAAAACCCCUUGCUGCUUUGGUGACUUUCAAAGGUAGAGAGAUCUUAUUGCAUACUAAGGAGAUGGUACAAAAGAUGAAUCUGGAAGUGAUUUAUGGUGAUACAGAUUCCAUCAUGAUAAAUACAAACCUUACCAAACUGGAAGAAGUAUUUAAACUGGGAAACAAGAUUAAAAGUGAAAUAAAUAAACUGUACAAGUUACUGGAGAUAGAUAUUGAUGGAGUUUUUAAGUCGCUUUUGCUGUUAAAAAAGAAGAAAUACGCUGCUUUGGUUGUGGAACCAGCAGGUGAUGGAAAAUACAUUACUAAGCAAGAACUUAAAGGAUUGGACAUCGUGAGAAGGGAUUGGUGUGAUCUUGCAAAAGAGACUGGAAACUAUAUAAUUGGCCAGAUCCUUUCUGACCAAUCUCGAGAUGUAAUUGUAGAAAACAUCCAAAGAAGGUUAAUAGAAAUUGGAGAAAAUGUCACAAAUAACCUUAUUCCUGUAAAACAAUAUGAAAUCAAUAAGGCAUUAACAAAAGAUCCCCAAGAUUACCCAGACAAGAAAAGCUUGCCUCAUGUGCAUGUUGCCUUGUGGAUGAAUUCUCAAGAAGGUAGAAAGCUGAAAGCUGGGGACACAGUGUCAUAUGUUAUCUGCCAGGAUGGGUCAAAUCUGAGUGCCAGCCAGAGAGCAUAUGCUCCGGAACAACUGAAGAAACAAGGAAAUCUUACUAUUGAUGUUCAGUAUUACUUGUCACAACAAAUUCAUCCAGUGGUAGCUCGUAUCUGUGAACCCAUAGAUGGAAUUGAUUCCGUUCUUAUUGCAGCAUGGCUUGGAAUGGAUCCCUCACAGUUCAAAGUCCAUCAACAUUACCAUAAAGAUGAAAAAUAUGAUUUGUUUGGUGGCCCAAUUCAGCAAACUGAUGAAGAAAAAUAUAAAGACUGCAAGAGAUUCAAGUUUGCUUGUCCAAAAUGUGGGACAGAAAAUAUUUAUGAUAAUGUCUUUCGGUACUUGGAUGGAAAAUUUAAAGCCAGUGUGCUAUGCUGUAAUCCAGAAGGAUGUAAUGAAAAUCUUUUAAAUUACUCUAUGCAGAUUAACAACAAGUUAAUCUUGGAUAUAAGAGGCUUCAUAAAAAAAUAUUACUGUAGUUGGCUGAGAUGUGAAGAACAGACAUGCCAGUAUCGUAUCUGUCGACUUCCUCUACAUUUUUCCCGGAAUGGACCUCUAUGUCCAGUUUGUAAGAAAGCUAUUGUCAAACGAGAGUACUCUGACAAGGCCUUAUUCACCCAGCUAUGCUUUUACCAUUAUAUUUUUGAUGUGGACUAUGCAAAAGAAAAAUAUACUGGUCCAGGGAAAGAUGAAUUGAAGAUGAUGUUGGAAGCCUACAAGGAGGGAUACAAAAAGCUGAAGAACACAGUAGACAAAUGGUUGUCUAUGAGCAGCUAUUCUGAAGUAAACCUUGGCAAACUCUUUCAGACAUUCAGUAUAGUAAAAUCCGGUGAUCAGUCCAGUACUUAAAAAUGUUGUUUGUGGCCUCCGUUUAUAGGCAGUAAUCUUCUUUUUUCUCUUAUUUUCUGUUUACUGAGGCAUACUAGUAUGGCUAUAGAUUAAGAAAACUAAUAUACUUUAAAAUCUAAGUUUAUUCAGUACUAAAAUAUAUAAAAGAAAAGCAGAUUAAAAGUUGAUGAAUAUAAUAGACAGCUCACAAUUUAGAUUUUAUAAUAGGUUGCUGUAUAUUGAGACCUAGAAUGGAAGCAAGAAAUAGAAAAAUAGCUCCUUUAACCCAAUAAUUUCCAGUGAGAGUUGCUAGAAUGUAUUUGAUCCUAGACUUUAAUCAAGGCAUUUAGCAAGAAGUGUUUUCAGGAAAAGAAGUUAACAAAAGUAUAGGAGCACUGAUGGAUUAUCUUUUCAUAAUUUAUCUACUAUAUGGUAUUAUGACAUGUUUUGUUCUGGGAGGAUAUACCAGAGUAUUGUGUUGCAAUGAUGUAGCAUAACUGAAUUAAAACUAUAUAUAAAGGAAUCAACUGACUUCUUUAUAGGCCAAAGAGAUUGUGUAUUGCAAAUUCUUUCAGCUGUUUGAAUGUUAGUCAUUAAUUUCUUGGGAGUCAUCAAAAUAAAUAGGGAAGCCUAUUACCAUUAGAAGAAGCUAAUUAAGACAAAAAUGGAGUAAAUCUAAGAUGACAAAAGGAAUGGCCUUAUAGUAAGCAAAUAAAAGCAUGGAAACAUCUUAUAAUGAUUAUAAUCUUUUAAUUGCCAAUAAACAAUUAACAAGUACAAUGAAAGUCAAUCCAACCUCACUGGCUGGGUCUUUGGGCUUGGAAAGGGAGAUGCUGGACUCCUUAUAUAGAUUUAUGUAUUUCUUAACUUCUAUGAUGGUAAUAACAUUUAUUGGUAUAUGUAAAAGCAUUUUAAAUUUGGAUGUAAACAUUUACAUAGUUGAAGAAAAUAUAAUAAAAUUAUUGGCAUAAAUAUCUGAAUGGUGCAUUCAUAUGAAAUAUAUCUGUGAAACAGAAUAAUUAUAUGGGUGGACAAGCAUUUGUACUUUAUAUCCCCCACUUCUUGCCUGAUUGUACUGACAGAUGAAUAAACAAAUGUGGUAGUGAUGCCCCAUCUAUUUCAGCUUUCAUUAAUACAAAUGACAGGCAUCAGAUAAAACAUUUGCUUUGAUUUAUCUUGCAUUGCUGAAGAGCAAUUGAGUUGCAAUGUAUCAAUAGAACUCCUCUAAAAGAUUUUGCAUUAGUUUGGGUCUAGUAGCUCAACCCAUCCUUGCAUUGACGUAGAGAGAUAUUUCUUUGUAAACAGCUCUGGAUUGGGAAGUUUAUUUUGCAAUGUUCUGUUUUCCCAAUAAAUGAUUUUAGUAUUGGUUAAGGGAGACUAUCAUAUGGAUGGCCGUACUUUAUUAGUAGUACCUAUUACUA